AUGACAUGGGAUCUGACAAGCUUGUUUGUUGCUUGUAUAUCUAAGUCGACUUGGCCGCUGAGGCCGAUGAACGUAAAAUUAUCUCCCUGCAUUGUUAGGCGCAGACUCACAUUAGGGAGUCAUAUCAACAUUCCUACGAUGACCCGAAAUACCACCCAGCUUUGGAACUUGAAUUAA